CGGGCAUAACAAGGACAUGAAGAAACAGAUUAAUUUUAUUUUGAUGACCAUGAAUUAAAAUACCAUAUGCACCUCACACCUCUACUUGAUGCCUUUCCCUCCAAAAUGCCUCAUUCACAGCUCUAAAGAAUAAGCAAGUGUUACACAAUCGACACAUAACAACACUCUGAAAUUAAACAUGUCACUUGGGUUCUUUCAAACAGAGAGCACGUGGUGGUCAGGAGCCUAUGACUGAACAAUAAAUGGAUGCUAUUUAGACACACAGAGGAGCACACAAUCUUUGAAGUGUGCUCUUUCUGGCCCUUGGUGACAAAUCAGGAAGGCUAUUAGUCAUCGGACGGAUGGAGUGAGUGGGGAGAGGGGGAGAGGCAAGAAUCCUCUUAGGGUGAAAUUAAAAACACACGGCCAAAGUGCAUGACUAAGUCUCAGACUGUUAGUGGGAGGGUGUGUGUGUGUGUGUGAGAGAGAGAGACUGAGAGGGAGAGAGAGACUGAGAGGGAAAGAAAGACAGAGAGGAGUGAGUUAAUAAUGAGGGGCUGCAUGGGAGGGGCUUUGACUUGAAGAGCGGCUGGAGAGAGAGACCUGAGUCAUUAGACUUUCACUUUCAGCAGACAAGUAGGCUACCUCUGAAUCAUAUCACAACUUGAGGAUCUACAUUUAAUUCAACUGGACCACUUUCCUGCAUGCAUGCGCCUCUAAGACUCAAAGUUUGCCUCAACGUGGAAAGGAGGUGUGUGUGUGUUGCUUUCAGCCUUGAAAGGAAAGAAGGCUGUCAGGCAUUUCUAAAAGAAGAAAGGGAAAGUGUGAGUGGAAACAGAAAGAGAAAGGGUCUUGGCUGCUAAUGGACCACCACUUGCCCUUUCAUUCCAGGAGUUUGGAAAGCCCACAUAUAUUUGGAAAGUCCCAGAGCAACAACAACCUGGAGCUGUCAUCUGAACUGAACAGCAACAGCAAGUGUGUAUGGUGGUCCGGCAGACAUGUAGGAAGCAAUGCUCUGCAUGUAUGCACCGAGUGUCAAGGAAACCACUGAGAGGAAAUUUACUUUGGUGGUUCUCACAGUCUGUUCUGAGAUCAUACUGAAGGACCUAACCCAGAGACAUGGAGAAGGGACCGUUCAUCAGUAGAUGAAAGAAUGACACCAAUAGUGAUUCUACUUUUGUUUACACUGAUGCGUUAUCCUGUGUGUGGAUGCCCCUCCAAAAAUAGUGACACAUCGGGCCGAUUGCUGAAAGAGGCCAAGGGAGAACAAACUCAUGAAUUUCGACGAGUUUUCCCAACUAAUUACAACGUCACCCAUCGCUACAGUGCCAGCCUUCUCGUUCACUGCAACAAUGACAGACCGUGCUGUGUCUUUUCUGCGGCAGUAGUCCUACGUGAUGCAUGGCUGCAGUUGUUAAAACAUCUCCAUAAAGAGAACUACAUAUAUGUGUUCAUAACGAGCAUGAUAGAACUGCUGAAAAACAUCACAGAAGAGCAUCAGCAGAGAUUCCUGGAAAAGCCAGACCUCUCCAUCUUCCCGCCUGUGUCCUCCUCUCCUGAAGACCUGCUUUCUUUCACGGCUGACCUUCUCUCACGGUGGGAGGCACUACCAUGUACGGAAGCCAGUGUGACGAACUGUGAGUUCCACCCUGCAGCUCCUGAAGAAGAUGAUGAGGAAGAUGACAAAGUCCCGUCAGGAGCCAGUCAGGAGCCUCGUCAGGAGCCACCUGUUGAGCAGGGACCUAGCAGUCAAUCUCAAAAGGACACUGGAAUGACUGCUGCCCCAAGCACCAACAGGGGAGCAGCGUUGCUGUUUCACUUCCCUGGACACGUUGUUGUAAGCCUAUGGGGCAUCUUCCUCCUGUGGACGGCAUUGACUCUUUAGGGGACUUCAAAAGACAAAAAAAAACCAAUGCACACGCAAUGCAAGAAUGCUUUCGAGAAGAAAACUUGGCAAGUUUAUCACUCGCCUCUGAUUCACCCAUCAAGUAACAGGCCUUUACCUGCUGCACUCCAUUGCCAUGUGACUGUCUGGCAAAAUGUACUGGUCAGCCAAUCUGUUUAUCUAAGGCAGGGGUGCGGAACCUUUGUCAUUCGAGGGGCCACUUCAAAUCCAUCCGAGGGCCGUAAGUCUUCUGAGGGCCGUACUAUAUGAACACAAACCAGGAUUUCCCCCUGCACUUACGGCAGCUAUCUUUAAAACAGACCCCACCUUCUCUAGUUCCCCUGAAUAUAACUUCAUUGUAUUGUAUAUAUUAUAUAUCCUAUUUCAUGUGAAGCUGCAUAACAUUAUCCGUGGGGCCGCCGCAAACGGCCCUCGAGGCAUAGGUUCCCCACCCCUGAUCUAAGGUCACUCCAAGUAACCACAUACAGUAAGCAACACCACAUAAUAAGCCAUACGAAAUAUUUGCAAUGCAGUUGUUGUUAAUAGCUGUGCUGUUAUGUUACGUUAAGCCUAUAGCGCUUGGCCACGGACAAAAGGAGAAGAAUGAACUCUUGUGGCAACUUUGGCACAAUGUUGGAGCAUUUACACCAUUCAAAGUGUGUAAUGCCAAUGUAAUAAAAGGGAUUUUUUCAUAUAAGGCUUAUGUCCUGUAUAGGCAAAAUAUGGGAUGUUUUUAGAACCAAGAAAAUAGCCUACAGUUUCUUAUAAGAUGUGUCAGCAGAUGAACUCAUGAUAUUGGCGUGAUAUGACAUAGACAUUUGAUGGUUUAUAGUGUAAUGAUGUCAUCUGUCACCCUCGUGUUAUCUCACAGGGCAGCUUGUGCUGUGGUCCCUGUUCAAUAUGAUUCACAGAGAUGAGACAACAACAUAACAACACAACAGUGUGUCAUUGUUCCGGGCCGGGCCACUGCCUCUCUCUGUGUCUCACAAAGCAGCUGCAAAACAGUGAGGAAGCUGAGAGGAAUGCGGACCAGAUUAAAAUGGAACGCUUUUUCCACAACUCCUUCUGUGCACUGUCUAACACCACUGAAGAAGAAGAAGGGGAAAAAACAAUGUUCAUAAUGCUUCGAAAAACUUCAGCACCUGUUUUGAGGUGUCAAAAAUGUUUUAAGGCAGGGAUGUCAAACUCAGGCCCAUGGGCCAAAUCUGGCCCGCGGAGUCAUUUUAUUUGUCCCAUGAGAUCAUUUCAAAUGUGUGUUAGGGUUGCCCCACAUAGACCAUUAAUGUAUAGUGUCAUACUUAAACAUUUGGUGAUAUUUGGUGUGUCACUGUCAUAUGAGUGGGCCUAGGCCAGUGAAACAGCUCACACUCAUAUGCAACAGAAUAUGUGCAGGCACCCUUAAUCUAUGAUGUGAAUCUAUUUGUGAAAUUUAAAUAUGAGUAUUAAGUGGGUGUACACACAAGUUUGGACAGCGACUUUGUUCCAAAUUUUGAUUUUGGCCCUCGAUCAAUUUCAGUUUGACACCCCUGUUUUAAGGCCUAAAAGGUGAUGGUACUCGUGCACCUUUUUGGGCAACGUUGCUGGGCAACGACAUCAUUGGCUACACAUUGUUCAAUAAAAUGACAAAGGAAAUUUGUCUACUUCUGAUCAAAGUUCUCCCGAUUAAAGUGUUGUAGUGAUAAACUGUCCAAAUAAAAUCUUAUAGCAAGGUUGCCCAAAAGUGUUGCUCAAAAAGUUGCCUAGUGAAUCAUCACCUCAAGUGUUCCAAAAAACGUCAAAGACUUGUACAAACAGCAUUAUUGUAACUACUGUCAUAACAUAAGUGUUAUCAUUAAUGAAAUCACUGACUGACAGGAGUGAAUAAGGUCAGAGUACCCAGACCAGUUCUAGACGAUGGAAUAUGAUGCAUUCAAGCAUCAUAAUAACAGUGUAAUUGAAAUCUAAAGGACUUGUCUAUGUGUCAGCCCUGACACUUACUGCGUAAAACAAUGCUUUGGUGUAAAUGCCAAAACUUCAAUGCGUAGUGUGAAUGAGGUCAUGAUGUCAUCUGACGUACGCAGUGUGAAAACAGCACUUGUGUGUACUUGCAGAGCAAUCAGCAAAACCAAACACGGAUGUCCCUGCUCAUCUUCCUUGUGAUAAAAACUUUGUUGUAGGCAGUUUAACUGUAGUAUUACAACUGUGUUAUGCAGUGAGUUGGACAUGAAACCACUUCAUGGUACAAACAUUACCACAGUUUGCCAUUAUUAUUCAGUGCAAAACACUGUAAACAUCAUCUUUAUUUCACGAUGGCAAAAAAACAUUGAUAUCUCUGAGUUAAAUUUGAUCCUUGUAUGUCUCUUUGGGGGGCUGUCUGUCCCACAUAUGCAGCUGCCUGUAACACAAGGGGUGUCUAACUCAUUUUGGUUCAGGGGCCACAUACAGCCAAUAUGAUCCCAAGUGAGCCAUCUGGACCUACAUGUAUAACGUACUUGCGAAACAUUGCAAUAUCGCAUGUAAUGCAGAUAGCAAUUGGAAUCGCACUGCUAGUCAAUCGUUACGAGGUGGGGGACAGCUAUAUGGGGACAGAUAUAUGAGAAGCAUUGACUGUAAAUGGUGGGCAAAAACAGGCAACUUGUAAUCUUAUCUGCAGCAACUUAGUGAUGGGCUAUAGAUUUUCUUCUCAUUUUGACAUUCUUAGUUUUUUCCCUCCUACAAGUCUGGUGCCGAAUUGAACCACCUGGCCCCCGGACCUUAUGUUUGACACCCCUGCUUUAUAGUUUAGUUUAGUUUAGUUUAGUUUAGUUUAGUUUAGUUUAGUUUAUUGGUUUAUUUCAUCAGGGACCAUGUGCAAAGUACAUUAGUUACAUAGUAAAAAGAUGACCUGCACCAGAUUAUAGCUAAUAGCUAAUUUCCAUCUGCAGUCCCUGGGCAGGUAAGAAAACAUACAAUCCAGUAAAAUGGGAGUAGCCACUCAGGCAUACAACCCCUGCCACACACACACACACAC